AAAGGCUGUAAGGUUUGUAGUUGUGCUUCUGUAUUCGAGUGGCCAUGUUGUUUAUAACUCUGGCCGGCUUGUUCGCUGUGGCGGUAUGUGACGAGAAAGAUGGCGGCAAAGCCCCGAGGAUCCCUCUGAACGAUGGCAACUUCAUGCCCGCUAUGGGGCUUGGCACCUUCCUCGGUUUUGACGAGAAUGGACAGAAGGAAGCAAAAAGCCUGGAGGUGGAAAAUGCCGUGUCCUGGGCACUUGACGACGGGUACAGGAUGAUAGAUACAGCAUCGGCCUACAACAAUGAGGUGCAGGUCGGAAGAGGCGUCAAGAAUUCGACCGUUCCUAGGGAACACGUUUUCCUAGUUACAAAGUUGGGCGCCAACGAGAAAAGAGACGUCGUGGGCGCACUGAGGAAGUCUCUGGAACGCCUCAACAUGAGCUAUGUCGAUCUGUACCUGAUUCACAACCCGGUAUCGUUCACUCCAGACCACAAACAGUACGAAGUGAUAGACUACCUAGAUACCUGGAGACAGAUGGAGCAGACCAAGAAACUGGGGCUGGCGAGGUCAAUCGGAAUAUCCAACUUCAACAUCAGCCAGAUGGAUCGGCUGUUGGCCAACUGCGAGACCAAACCGUCGAUACUUCAAGUCGAGGUGAACCUCAACCUCGCCCAAAACGACAUACUCCAAUACUGCCAACGUCACAACAUAGCAGUGAUGGCGUACACGCCUUUCGGCAACCUGUUCAGCGCUGACGAGGGUCCGCCGCCGCCGCGCGCCAGCGACCCCACACUCAAGGCAAUGGCUACUAAAUACAAAAAGAGUGCUGCACAAAUCGUGCUGAGAUAUUUGGUGCAAACAGGAGUAGCACCCAUCCCGAAAUCUGUUAACAAGCCCAGAAUCGAACAAAACAUCGAUAUCUUCGACUUCACCCUGACUCCCGAAGAUAUGCAGAUCCUGAGUGGCUUCAACAAGAACUACCGCACGGUCUGGCCUAGCUUCUGGCAGGACCACCCCUACUACCCCUUCGAGCAGAAGGCUGUCCCCGACCCGGACUUGUUCAAACCCAAGACAGAAUAAGAAAGACCCCAAGAGAGAACAAGAAGAGUGUAUCUUUAAGUAGAUGA